UUUGAGAAUCACACUGAAAGCAUGCUGGGAACCGUACUAAGGCAGUAAAUCACAAAACCAAAGUGAGACAACUGUGGUAAAGUUAAAAUCUCCAAUUGCAUUGACAAAGCUUACACUAUGGAUGUCUUCAAAAUCAGCAUCCAAAUAGGAAACAAAGAAUGGAGAAGGAAAGGACCUUAAAUAAUGGAUUGUGUAAGUCUACAAGAAGCUACCCAGUCAACCGUCAAAGAUGGAACGAUCACGUCUUUAAGGGAACAGCGAGCUUCAAGGCACCCAGGUGCUGUAGACUAAGACACUACAACAGGCUUGUACAUUGCAUUCAUCCUUCAACCAUUGGAAGAAUUUUAUUUACUGAUUUUUCUUCAUUCUGCAGGAAAGGGAUGGGUGCUGCUCUGCUGGUGUGUGGUCUGUUGUGCCUGGUGGCCAGUCAGACUCUAUCCAAGUGUGCGCCCACCGAUUACAUGCUGUACGUGGAGAAGUAUGGCUGUGCCUACUGUGUGGCCAUCAACACCACCAUCUGCUCAGGGUUCUGCUAUUCGCGGGACACCAAUGUGAAGGGCGUGGUGGGGAAGAGCUACUUCCUGCAGAGAAGCUGUACAUACCAGGUGCUGGAAUACCGCACUGUGUUGCUGCCUGGCUGUCCCCUCCAUAUCAACCCCCUACUGUCCUACCCCUUGGCGCUUCGUUGCCACUGCAGCAGAUGCAACACAGACAACAACGACUGCACCCACAAAGCCUCUGAGACCAAUGAGUGCACAAAGCCCAUACAGCCUGCUGACUCAUACCCUGGCCAGAGCAACUAUAUACAGCUGGACUAAAGGUGGCAGUGUGGUAAAGUAAGGGAUAGAGGGGGGAACCCUGGUUUAUCUGGAUUAACCUCAGAUUUGUUUUAAAGUGCAUCUUGUCUUGUCUGCCUGCAGUUUGAUCUGUGAAUUUGAAACUGUAUUAGUUGUGCAUACUGUAGGUCCUUAAAGACCAAGAGAAUCCAAAAGAGUACGGAAUGCAAAUUCUGCAAGUUUGGGACAAGACUCUUAUGUGACUUAUCAAUUACUAAAUAAUACUUGAUGUUUUACUGAGUUGUGCUGUGUGUAAUUGUACAUUAUAUCUGAAAUAUAAUAUUUCAUCAAUUUCCCUUUGGGAUCAAUAAAGUCUUAUCUAUCUAAAUCAAAUCACUACAGAAUAUAUAUAUAUGCAGUAUACUGUAGUUACUGUAUGUGUCCAUUUUUUGG